AUGACUGUUGGAGAUGCUCUGAGUUCUACAAGUUUUAAGCUUCACUGUGAUUCGAUACAUUUCUCACUUCUCCCUGACACUAUAUGCACAUUUGUAAAAAUAAUUAGAAACCAUGAAGGUGAGGUGAUGGCUACUAUGUCGGCAAAGGGAGAAUAUGUGCAGAACCGCGAUGAAGUAGAGGUAUUGGCAUGUCGCAAAGACUUGGAAUUUGCUAUGGAAGUUGGAUUCUCAAACUUGGUAAUUGAGGGAGAUAAUUCAAAUGUCAUGAGAGCACUUUCGGCAUCUGCAGUUAAUAAUUCCUUGUAUGGACAUGCAGUUGAUGACAUUAGAUCUUAUUUUUUGGGUUGGCAAUUUGUUGAUAUUAGCUGUGUAAAAAGGGAAGGGAACAUGGUGGCUCAUUCCUUAGUUAGAUUUGCUAGGAACAUUGUGGAUGUUUUGUAUUGGAUGGAGGAUGAGCCCCCUCCUGUUGUAGAUGCUUUGCAUUAUGACUGUUUACAUAUUAAUGAAUGA